AUGGCUUCAUCGGUUUUGCCCACACUGGAUCUCGGAAUUGACUACGAGGUAGCUCAAGAUAAUAUCAAAGAUUUCUUGAUCCAUUACAAAGAGGAAACUAUCGGUUCUACUGGGGAGAACGAUAAUGACGAUAACUUGGAUCCUGAAGUUGGUCAGGGCCCAAAGUACUUGCAACAAUUGCAACAUAUUGCCAAUAGAGAACAAGAUAUCUUGUAUAUCGAAUUGGACGAUGUGUACCAUUAUCAGCGCACCAAGCAAUUUGAAAAUUUGUCUUCGUCAAAUACAGCAGCACAAGGCAAGAACUUAGUUAACUUACACCGUAUCAUCAUGGAAAACACUAAGCGGUUCACAGAACUUUUCUCCAACUGUGUAGAUGAACUAUUGCCGCCUCCAACGAAAGAUAUCGAUUACGAAACAGAUGUAUUGGACGUCAUUUUACACCAACGAAGAUUGAGAAACGAAAGAAAUAUCUUGGAAACUAGAGAUGAAUUCCAACAAAUGGCUCAAGGGAUGGGCGAAGAGUCUCAAACCAAUUUGGAUCAAUUGGCCACUACGGACGCUGAUUUGUUCCCUGCUGCGUUGAUUAGGAGAUAUCAUUUGUAUUUUAAACCGUUAACCAGCAGAUCCACUAGGAAACUGAAACCAAUGUCAGUAAGAGAAAUUAAAGGCUCUUAUUUGGGAAAAUUGAUUACAGUCCGUGGUAUCAUUACCAGAGUCUCUGAUGUGAAGCCAAGUGUCACAGUCAACGCUUAUACUUGUGAUCAGUGCGGUCAUGAAGUGUUCCAAGAAGUUAAUAAAAGAACUUUUACCCCAAUAAUAGAAUGUCCCUCUGCCCAAUGUUCCGAAAAUCAAACUAAGGGACAAUUGUUCAUGAGUACUAGGGCAUCAAAGUUCAGUGCAUUCCAAGAAUGUAAAAUUCAAGAACUAUCAGAUCAAGUGCCCAUCGGGCAUAUCCCAAGGACAUUAACUAUUCACAUUAAUGGGCCAUUAACUAGAUCCAUGAUUCCAGGUGAUGUGGUAGAUGUUACUGGUAUAUAUCUACCUUCACCAUACACUGGUUUCCGUGCUUUGAAAGCUGGUCUAUUAACGGAAACGUACCUAGAGACACAGUUUGUGUACCAGCAUAAGAAAAAAUUCGCAUCUUUCCAAGUUGAUGAUCAAUUGAAAGAAAGAGUAGCGAAAAUCGUCAACCAAGGUGAUGUUUAUAACCGUUUGGCUAAAUCAAUUGCUCCAGAAAUUUACGGUAAUCUCGAUGUUAAGAAAUCUUUAUUGUUAUUAUUAGUGGGCGGUGUUGAAAAAAAAGUCGGGGAUGGUCUAAAAAUCAGAGGUGAUAUUAACAUUUGCUUGAUGGGUGAUCCUGGUGUUGCUAAAUCUCAAUUAUUGAAAUCUAUCUGUAAAAUUUCUCCGAGAGGUGUCUAUACAACUGGUAAGGGUUCUUCUGGUGUAGGUCUAACAGCCGCCGUUAUGAAGGAUCCAGUGACUGAUGAAAUGGUGCUAGAAGGUGGUGCCCUCGUCCUUGCCGAUAACGGUAUCUGUUGUAUCGAUGAAUUUGAUAAGAUGGAUGAAAGUGAUAGAACUGCUAUCCAUGAAGUUAUGGAACAACAAACCAUUUCAAUUUCUAAGGCAGGUAUUAACACUACUUUAAAUGCCAGAGCCUCCAUAUUGGCAGCUGCUAACCCGCUAUACGGAAGGUAUAAUCCAAGGUUAUCUCCACUUGAAAAUAUUAAUCUACCAGCAGCUCUUUUGUCUAGAUUCGAUAUCAUGUUUUUACUACUCGAUAUGCCAAGCAAAGAAAACGAUGAGAAGUUAGCAGAACACGUCACGUACGUUCAUAUGUAUGACAGGCAACCUGAUUUUGGUUUCGAACCAAUUCCUUCGAGCGAAAUGAGAGAGUAUAUUGCAUACGCCAAGACUAAGAGACCUGUGUUGUCAGCUGAUGUCAAUGAACACAUAGUUCUAUCUUAUACAAGAAUGAGACAAGACUCUAAGAAAGCGUUGGAUUCUAAAUUCUCGUUUGGGCAAGCAACACCUAGAACUUUACUUGCAAUUAUCAGACUAUCACAGGCCUUGGCAAAACUAAGGCUCAGUGACACUGUGGAAAUUGAAGAUGUAGACGAAGCUUUGAGGUUGGUAGAAGUCUCUAAAGAGUCAUUAUACAGCGACCGCAAGAACCCAUAUGAAGAUGAAAACCCAACAACCAGAAUUUACACAAUUAUCAAGAAAAUGGCGACUGAAAAUGGUAGAUUUAAUAAAAGAUUACCGUAUGAUGCUAUUGUAAGAACGAUUAGAUCAAGAGGUUUCACUAUGCUGCAACUGGUAAGCUGUAUCAAAGAGUAUGAGUAUCUUAAUGUUUGGCAUCAAAUAGAAGACGGAAACACCUUGCUAUUUAUUGACGAUAUUGAUGAUACAACGGAAGACAAUUCUGAUAUAACUAACCCUUCGACGCAAAGGACACCGGAUGAAGAUGUCGAUAUGGAAUAA